UCCCCUCCCGCUGCCCCGGAAUUCCGCCCGCGGAGCCGCCGGAGCCAUGAUCGGGGACCUGCUGCUCUGCGGGACGCUGCUGGUGAAUGCCGGUGCGGUGCUCAACUUCAGGCUGAGGAGGAAGGACACGGAGGGAUUCGGAGAGGAGCCGAGGGAACCCACGACUGGUGACAACAUCAGAGAGUUCUUGCUGAGUCUCAGGUAUUUUCGAAUCUUCAUUGCCUUGUGGAAUAUCUUCAUGAUGUUCUGCAUGAUUGUGUUAUUUGGAUCUUGAAAGCCUCACACAAACAACGUCUGUUACCUUGGAAGAGACUUUUUGGCUGGGAACAAACUCUUCUUAAAGAUUCCAACGCUUUCAAACUGCAGCCCUUGGGCUCGUGGCUUGUCCCCUCCAGCCCAUCAUGUGCUGGUCACUCCCUGCCGGGGCUUUGAGCCACAACAUUCACAGUCAAAUUAGCUCAGACUUCACUGACAUGGAGAGAAAAUGUGUUUUUCUAAGCUCAGAGUGAGGUGCAGGGGAGAACUGGAGUGUGACUGCAGUUCCCAGUUUUAAUCUGCGUUACCAGACCCAUCCUGGGCUGUGUCAGCUCACGUCACCCCUGUCCAGGUUCUGUGCAAGUCACACUCCUCGGUUCUCAGUUUUAUAUAAAGCUGAGCAAAGUGUUCUUGUAAACUCUCACUAUUCCAUUAGUUUUGUUGGUGAAAAAGAAUGUUUAAAAAAAAAAAAAAGAGAUUCUCACCUUCCUGCUGUUUUUCCAAAAGAAACCCCAAAUUUUUAAAUUAAUAUUUCACAGGUACUUUUUUGGUUUCUAAGCAAUACAUAAGGGAUUUUCAGGGGGAAGAAUGGCAAAAAUAAUUCUUUAAGCCAAGGUUAAGGGAUAGUUUUGGAAUAAUCUUGGGUUUGGUUGAAUAAAGCUGUUCUAUUUAAGAGUAAAA